UACACUAAACAUAUUUUUCUAUUUCCGUGUUUUCCCUCGUUCUCAUUUUCUCUCUCUUCACACUCUUCUCUUCACUCUCAUAAUUUGGUGCAUUUUCCAUUUUCAAACUCUCUAUUCCUUCCAAUCUUUUUCGCUUCAAUUUCAAUCAAAUUAUCAACUUAUCAAUGAGUUCUCAACCGGAAAACGUCAAUCCAUUCGCUAAUGGUUCAGGUGAUACUGGCUCAAAGUUUCGCCUCCCUAACUUUGGUUUUGGUCAGAAGCAUGAUGCCACUGAUGAUGUACCAUUGGAGACCAGGAAUGAUCCUAACAAACAGAAAGAACUUUCUGAUUGGGAGGCAGAUCUCAGAAGAAGAGAGCUGGACAUAAAGCGGAGAGAAGAUGCUGUUGCCGGAGCUGGUGUUGUUGAAGAUGAUAGGAAUUGGCCACCUUUCUUCCCAAUCAUACACCAUGAUAUUGCCAAUGAAAUUCCUGUUCAUGCUCAGAAGUUGCAGUAUAUGGCAUUUGCAAGUUGGCUAGGUAUAGUUCUUUGUCUCACAUACAACAUAGUUGCAAUCAUUGUCUGUUGGAUCAAGGGAGGAGGUGCCAAAAUUUUUUUCCUUGCAUCAAUAUAUGCUUUAUUGGGUGUUCCACUGUCAUAUGUGCUGUGGUAUCGACCACUUUAUCGUGCGAUGAGGACAGAUAGUGCCUUCAAGUUCGGCUGGUUUUUCUUGCUCUACCUGAUCCAUAUUCUUUUUUGUGUGUUUGCUGCAAUUGCUCCUCCAAUUGUUUUUCAUGGGCAGUCUCUUACGGGCAUUCUUGCAGCAAUUGAUGUAUUUCCUCACAGUGUUCUUGUUGGGGUUUUUUACCUAGUUGGGUUUGGGUUUUUUUGCCUGGAAUCACUCCUGAGCUUGUGGGUUCUUCAGAAAAUUUACAUGUAUUUCAGGGGGCACAAGUAGAAUUCUCCAAGCAUACAAGCGCUUCAUUUGGUUUGUAUAACCUUCCGUACCCUUCCAACCCUGCAAAGAGUUCAUAAUUUUUUCUUGGGUCUGAGUGUUAUUCUAGUAGACAAAACCUUAGUUUUAGUUUGUGCAUACCUUGUAAAAAUGUUAAGGGCAGUCCAUAUCCCUUAUUCAUUUUAUAAAUUCAUCUUUAAAGUUUCUUAUUGUGAUUCCUAUAGUUAAUCUUGUACGAUUUCUUGUCACUCUAGGCUUGUAGCUGAUGUUAAAUCAGUUAUGACUAUUUCAUGAUGUUGUUGGCCUUGUCGCUGUGCACUAGAUGUUUCGAAGUGCUGUGAUUAAAUUGAGUUUUUUUUACCGUUUACUUUUCA